CUACUGGAAUUCUCAACAAUUAGGGAACUACAGGUUAUGUACACGGCUAUAUUUCUGAUUCUGUAUUUAAUGACCCUAAUAGGGAACUUUCUCAUUAUCUCUGCAGUUGUUUUGACUCUUGCCUUCACACCCCCAUGUACGUCUUUCUGAUGAAUUUAGCUUUACAAGACAUUGGGUCUGUUUCACUCAUUGUCCCCAAAUCUGUUAUCAAUUCCAUUAUUAAUGAACGGUAUAUUUCUUAUUCUGGAUGUGUUGCUCAAGUCCUCUUGUUUGUCUUCUUUAUAGAUUGUGAUAUUUCUCUUCUUACUGUCAUGGCAUAUGAUCGAUUUGUUGCCAUUUGUAAUCCUUUACAAUAUGAGAUGAUAAUGAAUAGGAAGGCUUGUAUCAAAAUGAUUGGCAGUGUAUGGACUGCUAGCUUUCUCAAUGCUGUAUUAAAUACAAUUGGAACAUUCACUACUCAUUUCUGUUCUAAUGCAAUCAAUCAGUUUUACUGUGAAAUCCCACAGUUACUUAAGCUUGCCUGUUCAGAUGCAUUUGUGAUUGAAAUUGCUGGCAUAAUAUUCAGUUUUACAUUAGCAUUUGGUUGUUUUGCCUUUAUCUUUGUUACUUACAUUCAGAUCUUUACUGCUGUUUCAAAAAUCCCUUCUGUUCAGGGAAGAAAAAAAGCCUUCUCCACUUGCUUCCCACACAUCACAGUUUUUUCCUUGUUUUUAUUUACUUCGUCAUUUGCUUACUUGAGAACUCCAUCUGAUACCCCAUCACACUUUGAUUUUGCAAUUACCAUCAUGUAUUCUAUUGUUCCACCUAUGUUAAAUCCAUUAAUAUACAGCUUUAGAAAUAAGGAUAUCAAAAUUGCCCUCUCAAAACAUUUUGGUCUGAGGACUCGUAUUUUAAUCAGCAAAAAUUAG